GCUGAACCGGAAGCUGUUUCGUCUUCACUGUCUGUGUGUGUAUAUGUUUGUGACUGAGAGCUGGGUGAUACACUGACAGCUGAACGAUAAGAUGUAACAGUGACCUCCCCGAGAGCAGUCCGCGUGGAUUAUGUGUUGAUUUGACGAGGACGCUCGUGAUCGUGACCCGCUGAUGUCUCCACACGAGCGUUUCGCGCGGGCGUGAUCUUCUCGCGGAUCGCAGAGCCCGUGUUUCCUCCCGUCGUCCGCGGCUGUUACGCCCAUCAUCUGCGGCGGGGCUCCGUCGAUCAGUGCCGCUCGUUGAUCCGCACACACCGGGACUCAUGGGGAACAGCACGUCCUGCUGCGUGUCGUCCAGCCCGAAGCUCCGGCGGAACGCGCACUCGAGGCUGGAGUCGUACCGGCCCGAACCGGAGCUGAGCCGCGAGGACACGGGCUGCAACCUGCAGCACAUCAGCGACAGAGAGAACAUCGACGAGCUCAACAUGGAGUACAAUCCUUCGGACCACCCGCGCGCCAGCACCAUCUUUCUCAGCAAGUCUCAGACAGACGUUCGGGAAAAACGGAAAAGUCUGUACGUCAACCAUUUAACACACAUUGCGGAGUCAAAGCAACAUCCAUCUGGUCCGAUGAGACGCAAGUACAGCUCCUGUUCGACGAUAUUCCUGGACGACAGCACCGUCAGCCAACCCAACCUCAAAUACACCAUUAAAUGUGUUGCCCUCGCAAUUUACUACCACAUAAAGAACAGAAAUGUGGACGGGCGAAUGCUGUUAGACAUUUUUGAUGAAAAACUUCAUCCACUUUCAAAAUUGGAGGUGCCGUCAGACUAUGACAAGCACGACCCGGAACAGAAACAGAUCUACAGAUUCGUCCGUACGCUCUUCAGUGCCGCCCAGCUCACGGCUGAGUGUGCCGUAGUUACUCUGGUGUAUCUGGAGAGAUUGUUAACAUAUGCAGAGAUUGAUAUUUGUCCUGCUAACUGGAAGCGGAUUGUUUUGGGUGCCAUCCUGUUGGCGUCAAAAGUGUGGGAUGAUCAGGCCGUAUGGAAUGUUGACUACUGCCAGAUCCUCAAAGACAUCACCGUGGAAGACAUGAAUGAGUUGGAGCGACAGUUUCUGGAGCUGCUGCAGUUCAAUAUUAACGUUCCAUCAAGCGUGUAUGCCAAGUAUUAUUUUGACUUGCGUUCACUUUCUGAGGCGAACAGCCUUAGCUUUCCCCUGGAACCUCUCAGCAGAGACAAGGCCCAGAAGCUCGAGGCGAUCUCCAGGCUUUGUGACGACAAAUAUAAAGACUUGAGAAAAGCUGCCAAGAAGCGCUCAGUGAGCGCAGAUAACCUGACAGUGGUCAGAUGGUCGCCGGCCAUCAUCUCCUAAUAACGGUGGACACUGAGAACUUUCACGAGAGACUGAGAGAGAAAGACUUUCAGAAGAAGCGUUCUCUAAGAGGACACAUAUGUGUUUAGUACCUCCAUGAGACUCUUGAGCCAGAGUGUGUCAGAAGAGUGUUCUUGCUGGCCGUACGGCUGCUGUAUAUACAAGAUCACUUUCCAACCUGUGGCUUAGAGGAAAGAGAGGAGGACACUGCUACUGCAGUUCAGAAAUACUAGAGGAUGUGAAUGAAAGGAUGAAAAAUGAGGGAGAAAGACGCCCAAUGACUGGAACCACAUUCCAACUGCUCUGUCAUAUGUGUUUGCCAUUCUAGGUGAGGAAGUAUUCGUACUGUUUAUUGAUUUUGUAUGGUUAGAUAAAUUCCACUUGGACACUCAAGGAUGUGUUGGAUCAAGAUCAAGAGACAAAAUCAACUACUUCUCACAAGAUAUUCCCUGGAUAUUCCUCCAUUCCUUAAAACAUUUCUUUCCAAAUGGCUGUGAGCUGAUUAAACUAUAAAAUUGCCACUGUUCUUACAAACCGUUGUUUAUCAUUUUAUCUCUUUAAGAUUUAUUUUAAAUUAAAAAAACAUUCUUAAUGACUGUUUAUUGAUCUAAAAUGAGUCUAACAAUGCAAGAUCAUGGGAAAAUCUACAUUUUGGACUUCUCUGUUUAGUUGGAAUAUUUUAUUGUGUAGCUGUUGUUGUUUUUUUGUUUUUCCCAAUUUGUAAUACUCGAUAAAGGCAGUUUGCACCAUUUAGUCUUAUAAUCCAAGAGUAAUUGAAGUUGACUUUGUAUUUCCAAAAGGAAUGUGUUGUGGAGGGUUUCUGGGAUAUGAAGUCCCUGGGAAUUCCUUUUGAAAUACAAGAUUUGAUGAGCCUAGAAAUGGACUGAAAUUGGAAGUUUUAAUACUGCAAUCUAAGGUUUUCUUUUGCAGAGCCAACAUUGACAUUCCAUCAUCAAUGACCAUGAACGUGUAUAAGCUCCAUAUUCUUGUCGCCAUUUUUAAUUAUUUUUUUUAUUUUUUUUUAUAACCUCAACGAAUGCCAGAUAUACACAUGCUGUGUCACUCAUUUCCAAUUCUCAAAGCAAUACGCUGUGCUCUUUUCCAUACGAUACCUGCUGGAAAGAUUGAAGUGAAUAUUUGAAAGGCUCCUAACGAACUUCCAGAUGAUUUUGAGUCGAAACACAAAGGUGAAGCUCUUAGUGUUUUGCAGCGUUUUAUUUCUCAAUUACAAUGCAUCAAACCAGAGACUGAAUUGAAUUGGUGAGGAAGAGGAACUCCUGCUGUAUCCACUGCCAUCACCUGCGGUGCCUGCAUUUAGCGGGAAAACGGCCUUAGAUGAAGAAUAAGAAAUUAGAAACAUUUAAAAUUAAUCUCGUUAAGACAUAAUGUUUUUAGACAGCAAAGUUAAUUUUAAAAUCAGUUCUCCCCAGUUGUAAAAGUUACAUUUAAUUAUGCCAUCAUAUGUAUGUGAUGAUUCGUUAUAUUAUCUGUUAAGAAUAACUUAGACUUUUUCCUUUGUGACACUUCAUUCAGAAACACCUUGAGAGUUAGUACUUCCAGAAAUAGAUUUUGUAUAUUGUACAUACUUAAAGAAAUGCAAUUAUAAUGUUUAGAUAUUUAUAUGCGACCAAUAUUUACUUUAGCUAAUUCCUAAAUUAUGGACACAAUUUUUGAAAAAUAAAAAUGUCAGUUGUUUUAUCAGAAAUAAGUAAAUCUGGGAUCCCAAAUCUCUAAGUGCUGUCAUUGAGGGGUUUUUUUUGUUUGUUUGUUUGUUUGUUUGUUUGUUUUCUUUAGUUGUACAUUUGUAUUCAAUUGAAUUUCCUGUUGAUAAAAAAAAAAAAAUCAACAUAAAGCAAUUUAACAAUGUAAUGUUGCCAUGAAUGUAAUUAUGCAUUUUUUUUUUGUUUGUUUUUUUUUUUUUUUUGCAGCAAUGAAAAACAAAUUUUCUUAGUACUUACUCAAGAUAACAUCAAAAUGGUAUUUUAUUUUCAGGCAGUAUGUUGAUUAUUGCAUUAAUUAUAAUCAUUGUUUUGUUCUAUCUCCAAUGCCCAAAAAAGUCUUAACAAUUUACUUAAAAUUGUUUAAUCUAAAUGUAGUGUACAUUUUGUGUACAAUACAGUAAGUAGGCUAUGUGAUGCUAAUAUAUCCAAUAUAUAAUUUCCUUUUGAUUCUGUGGUGAAAUAUGACCCAGACAUGUUUUGUGUGAAUCGCGUGUUUAGAUAACUUUUUGUCAGAGACGUGAUACUAUACAAAAUAUGUAACUAAGGCAGUGAACCCAGAUGUUUGUUUAGGUUUAUUUCCUGAAGAUUAAGGAAUAUCGACCAAAGUUCUUCUCAAGGAGGAUCUGUUCUUUGCAAAUGGUGGUGCUUUAGACUCCCUUUGAACAAGUGUUGGAAAUAGUUUGAAAUCAGGGAAGACGUUCUAGGAAAGUAUAUUUGGGGAGACAAACAAAAUCAUGAAUCAAAAGACUGAUAAAAAGCAUUUGAAGAUUGUAUUAUUCUAUUUAUUUUCUGUGAGCAUGUGAGGAUGCGGCCCGGCGUUGGAUCUGAAGACGGUGUUAUAAACUCGAGUCCUGAUGGGAGUUUUGGCCGUGUGCACUGACCUCUACCUCUGCAUAGAGUCUGUUUCUUAUUUAAUAACUCUCUCUUGCUCUGUUUCUCUGUAAUCUUUCUCAUUUGCAUUGCAAUUUCUAGGAAAUUACAAAUUCAGAUCUUUCAGAACAUUUAUACUAUAAGUGGUUUCCUGUGUAAAAAGAAAGCAAACUGCUUUAGUUGUGACUUUUUAUUUUUAUGUUUGGUCACUGGUUGUAUGCCUGUUAUUAUGAAUAAUACAUUGUUCUUGUCAUUUGUUUCUGUUCCGAAGGUCAAACCCUUCUUCAGGAUCUGUUUUCAAUGUGUGCCAAAGGCUGAAUCCUGUCUGCUAUCUUAUUUGAUUCUACUUUGUUUAACUAAGUGAACCCAGUCAGCCCAGGAGCUGGAGGCUACAGUGGUUGCAUGCAGGUUUUCUUUUUUUUUUUUCUUCAAACUAUGAUUUUAACUGAUGCUCCCAGUUCAGAAGCAAUGUUAAGAAACCGCCACAAGAAUAAACUUUUAAAAGUUGCAAUAAAAACUGA